AUGUCAUCGCAAGAGGAUGCAGUCAUCAAAAAUGCCGACAUGGAUUCGGCGAUGCAGAAGGAUGCUGUGAGCAUAGCAACUCAGGCUUUUGAGAAGCUCAGCAUUGAAAAAGACGUUGCAGGGUACAUAAAAAGGGAAUUCGACAAACGAUAUUCACCCAAUUGGCACUGCAUCGUAGGAAAAAACUUUGGCAGCUAUGUUACUCAUGAAGCUAACCACUUCAUCUACUUUUACCUCGGAAACACGGCUGUUCUCCUUUACAAAGCGGGAUAG